AAGGGUGUUGGGCACCCCUUAAAUUAGGGGAAGAGUGGGGGAACACCCACCCUCGUGCCACCAUGGCAGUAAGAACGGGGGUGGCGCUCCUGGGAACCGAGGCCCUGGAGGAGAUGGAGGCGUUCGGAUUUCCUGGGGGGAGCCCCAGAUCCGGGCUUGAAAGGAUGGGGGCAGGCAGAUGAGCUCAGAGGACCUUGGGUUCCGGUCCCGGCUCGACCUCAGAUUGCGGUGAGCAGCCAGGCGAGCCCCUGCCCCUCUCCCAUCUCCCCGGGCCUCGAGGGGCCAUCCGGGGUGCGAGGCCUCACAUCCGUGGUCUGCCGCAGGAUGGGCUUCUCGGCCGCGGCCCGGCUGUGGGGCCCGCCGGGGCUGCUCCUGACCUUCGCCUUCCACCCGGCUCUGUGCCUGCGCGCGGCCCAGACCUCGGCGCCCCCUCACCGGGACUACUGCGUCCUGGGCGCCGGGCCCGCGGGCCUGCAGAUGGCCUACUUCCUGCAGCGGGCGGGGAGGGACUACGCGGUGUUCGAGCGCGCCCCGCGGCCCGGCAGCUUCUUCACGCGCUACCCGCGCCACCGCAAGCUCAUCAGCAUCAACAAGCGGCACACGGGCAAGGCCAACGCCGAGUUCAACCUGCGCCACGACUGGAACUCUCUGCUCAGCCAUGACCCCGGGCUGCUCUUCAGACACUACUCCCGCGCCUACUUCCCCGACGCGGGCGACAUGGUGCGCUACCUGGGCGACUUCGCAGACCGGCUGGGGCUCCACGUGCUGUACAACACGACCAUUGCCCACGUCACUCUGCACAAGGACCGGCAGGCCUGGAACGGCCAUUACUUCAUCCUGACGGACCGGAAGGGUCACGCACACCGGUGCGGCGUGCUUUUUGUGGCCACCGGUUUGUCGGUCCCCAACCAGGUUGACUUCCCUGGCUCCGAAUAUGUGGAGGGGUACGAGUCUGUGUCCGUGGACCCCAAGGACUUCGAGGGUCAGAAUGUGCUGAUCCUGGGGCGUGGGAACUCUGCCUUCGAGACAGCAGAGAACAUCUUGGGUGUCACCAACUUUAUCCACAUGCUGAGCCGCUCCCGGGUCCGACUGUCAUGGGCCACCCACUACGUAGGAGAUCUCAGGGCCAUCAACAAUGGCCUGCUGGACACCUACCAGCUGAAGUCCUUGGAUGGGUUGCUUGAGUCUGACCUGACGGAUCUGGCUGUCGUGAAGGACCGCGAGGGCAAGUUCCACGUCACCCUGAAGUUCUUCCUGGAGGAAGGCAACCAGAGUGCCGACACCAUCACCCUCCCCCAGGACGACAACGACAACUUUGCCAUGCGUGUGGCCUACGACCGGGUCAUCCGCUGUCUGGGCUGGAACUUCGACUUCUCCAUUUUCAACGAGUCCCUCCGACUGUCUUCCGGGGGUGAGUUCAGCAAGAAGUACCCGCUGGUCAAAGCUAGCUAUGAGUCCAAAGGAAGCCGGGGCCUCUUUGUGCUGGGCACCGCCAGCCACUCUGUGGAUUACCGGAAGUCUGCCGGGGGCUUCAUCCAUGGAUUCCGAUACACAGUGCGUGCUGUUCACCGCCUGCUGGAGCAUCGCCACCACGACGUCGCCUGGCCCUCCACCCAGCACCCCAUCUCACAGCUGACCAGCUCCAUCGUCCGGCGCGUGAACGAGGCUUCUGGGCUCUACCAGAUGUUCGGUGUGCUGGCCGACGUGGUCCUGUUAAAGGAGAACGCCGCGGCAUUUGAGUACCUGGAGGAGUUCCCCAUGCAGAUGCUGGCCCAGCUGGAGACCAUCACAGGAAGGAAGGCCAGGCAUGGGCUCUUCGUCAUCAACAUGGAGUACGGCAGAAACUUCUCUGGCCCCGACAAGGACGUGUUCUUUUAUGACCGGUCUGUGGGGCACACGGAAGAUGCCUGGCAGUCUAACUUCCUCCAUCCGGUCAUCUAUUACUACAGGCACCUCCCCACCGAGCAGGAGGUGAGGUUCCGCCCUGCUGACUGGGCCCUGCCUCGGCCCACUGCCAUCCACCACAUCGUGGAAGAUUUCUUGACGGACUGGACCGCCCCGGUGGGGCACAUCCUACCUCUGAGGCGCUUCUUGGAGAACUGUUUGGACACCGAUUUGCGAAGCUUCUAUGCAGAAUCCUGCUUCCUGUUCGCCCUAACACACCAGAAGCUGCCGCCCUUCUGCCAGCAGGGGUACCUGAGAAUGCAGGGGCUCGUGGGGACUGAGACCCUCCGGCGGCACGGAGUGGAGAGCGGGCUCCUCCGGGACUACACCAUUGUGGGCAGGCGCCGUGAGGACCAGGGCCAGGGGCCACUAAGUAGCUCUCGGGCCCCAGGGCCUCCGGUCCAGCCCCUCGACAGCAACAAGGAGGAGCUGUGACCGCCAGGCGGCUCCCAGCCAGCCCUCUGUCGCACCAACGCAUGGUUGCCAGAGACCACUCAGAUUGUCACAGUGACCAAGGCCACUCUGAGGGGUGGCCAUGCAGUGGCCUCCCCUCUGGUCUGGUCCUUGGAUGCCUGGGAGGCGGGAUCCCGGGAAGGGCAUCCUCUGCCAGGUGGGAGCCGCCUUCCACAGCCAGGCUUGUCUGCAAGUGAACUGUCACUGGGCACCAGGCUGGCUCGGUUCUGUCCCCAUCAAGUGCCCAGCGGUCCCAUUUCCUUCGGGUCUACUCGUCGGAUGAACCAGGCGACCGUGUCACAGGUGGUGCUGUCCUCAUCAUCAUAAGGGUUCAUGGCAGGCACUUUAAACCGAAGCUCUAACAUCCUCAACCCUCUAGGGCAGGUGGGACUGUCGCCUCUGAUGAAGACAUCAGCUCAGAGAGCUUAGGUGACUCCAGGCUUCUGCCAGGCAUCCCUGUCUGGGUCCCCUGAGGCCUGGGCCACUCUGCCUCACCCUGCCCCCACCUCUGUUUCCAGAACCCAGGCUGGGCCAGCCCAGCUUAUCAUCACAGGCCCGGCUGCUAUCACCAGGCAGAGACGGGACAGCUCCUGCAAAGCCACCUUAUCUGCGCGGGUUUCUGCCUGAGCAGCAGGACUCAGAGCUGCACCCGCCCCAAGACAGCACUCCUUGACUUA